AAGACCAGAUUCUCAGUUGCCUUUGUCACAGUUUAAGGGAAGGUUGACCGCUAAGGUAUGGAUUAUGAGCAACAAAAAAGGUCACGGCGACGUCCGAAUUUUAGAGAUGACGAAUUGUUAGCGCUAAUAACUGCUGUCGCAGAGAGACGUUCCGUUAUUUUGGGGAAGCUAGACAGUCAAGUUACCGGUCAGUUGAAAUACAAUGCAUGGCAGGCAGUGACAACUCAAGUAAACUUGGUGUCAUUUGUGACGAGAAGUUUAACGGAGGUUCGUAAAAAAUUUAGCGACUUCAGGGCAAUCGUUAAGAAGAAAGCUUCCAGAGGAAAUCUAUUGCUUGAGAGAUUUCAGAAUGGGACGGAAACGAUUGCAUUCAAGCCUUGUGAACAGGCAAUGCUCCCCUUGAUACAUCCUCUCGCCACGGAAGAAAGUGAUGUUUUCCAGGACAUCGAGGACACUGCAUUAGGGCUGCCAGCGGAAGCUCACGGCGAUGCAACUUUUCGUGGUAAUCGAGAUGACUUGCACAUGGCCUACUUGGAUAUGCAAUAUGAGGACCCCUUCGGUUCUAUAAAACAAUCUCCCGGGUCACAAGACAAAGCCACAGAGCCAAAAGUUGAGCUGGAAGUUACCCCUGAUGUAGAUACAGAACAAGGUUCUUCAGUCCCUUCACAAAAGCCUAACGGUAUAAAUUCUUGUACAAAUUAUAAAGAUAAUACAGAAAACAGUGUAUUCAUACAUUCCAAAGCACAGUCACAAAGUAAUCCAUAUCAGCCUACGGAGGCGCAAUCUAAAACUUCUUUCCAACCUUCAGAGGUGCCGUCUCGAAGCAGCUCAUAUCAGCCUGCAGAAUUGUUAACACGGAAUUCUUAUUUACCGCCAGAAGCACAAACUCGAAACUCAUACAUGCCCUCAGAAGCGCAAGCUGUUAGAAUAACUCCAAUAAUUUCUUCUCAAGAACCAACUUGUGUGACAGACAAGCCUCUCUUGAAUCCAGUCAUGAAUCACGUCUAUGAAUCAAUGGAAAAUCCAAUGAGAACAAAUGCAGAGAUGAAUAAACACAGAGAAUCUCAAAUCAGAUACAACGAUAAUGCUCAACAACUCAUUAGAGAAAGUCAAGUCGGAGCUCCUCCUGAUCCGACAACUCUCGGGCCACCUAUCAGCGAGAGAACUGACAGUGUGACACUUAUGUUCAACGACGGAAGCGAACGCACAAUAAAAACUGGCGAAAAUAAUAGACAGACAAAGAAGAGAAAAUAUGGAUCAUCGUCAACCCACGAUGAAGAGCACAUGAUGACCAACAUGCUUGAUACACAAAAGGAGAUCCGGGAUCUUUUGAAGUGUCUCGUGGAAGCUUCGCAACAGUCAAGUCAGGCACAACAGGCAACAGCGGCUGCCUUAAGAGAAGCCUCCGAUGCUCAGCUGCGUAGCGCGCUGGCGCUGGAGAAGAUAGCCUUGCAAAUCCAGUCUUCUGUGCCACGGUAAUAUUAAUAAAAAGAAUUAUAUUUAUUUCGACGGACAGAUUACUCACACUUAUCAACACCGGUGUAGAUUUAAAAUAAUUUUAUAUUUUGUAAAAUUAAUUUCCUGACUAAGCGGCAAGCAUUUUUAGAGUCGAGAAAUUUUUUAAGGAAAAGUGAAAACGUCGCUCGCUACGAGCAGGAAUAGUAUGCUUAGUGUGCAUAGUUAUGCCUAGCAUUUUAUAUUUGUCUCGAUUCUUGUUGUCAUUCAUCUUGUUCAUAAAUGAACAAUUUCACGUAGAAUUGUUAUAGCACCAGCCCGCCAUUUAGUAGUUGCCUAAUAUACAACGUGCAUUAGGUAUUACCCGCUUGGUGUCCGGGUAUUACCCGGUGCAGUAGACGUAUACAUAUACAUGCGAUGCGGCUACAUCAUGCCAUCAUUAAUUGUAACAUUGUUAACGUAUUUUUAAAGGUAACUUAAAACUAUUUCAUACAAUUAUGUUGAAAAUGUUGGUCAACAGAGAAUGAACAGAACGUUAACGUUAUUCUUUCCAAGGUGUGAGAAUAUUCACGCCGACCUGGCCCAAGCUUCCAAAGUUCAGAAGUUAUGAGAAGCUUUCAUUUCCUCCUUUGAUUAUUGCUCAGUUCCAAGUUAUUAAAUAGCUACAUGACUAAAGGUGUUGAUAAUUUAACAGAUGUUAUGCCUACACCAAUUCGUUCAGCUCAAUGCUGAAAUACGAUACGUUGCAAGGGUUGCAAUUAAAGUAUUAUUGCGCAUAUCCCAACAAAAACCAGCAUGACAUAAACACUGUUAAUGCAACAAAAAAAAUCGCGAUUUUCGUCGAAGCAGGUUUAAAAAUCA